AUGUCAAAGAACUGGUCUUCCACGCUGAGACUACCCAAGUCCACUCUUCCGCCGCGCCCUCUGCCCACCCAACACAAAGAAUACAUCAAGAAAUGCGCCGAUGACUUCUACAAGUGGCAGGCCACCAAUCGCCCUGCUGAUGAUGCCUUCCUCCUCCACGACGGCCCUCCCUACGCCAACGGCAGCCUCCACGCCGGCCAUGCCCUGAACAAGAUCCUCAAGGACAUCAUCAUCCGUACUAAGGUCCAGCAAGGCCAGCGUGUCACCUACAUUCCAGGAUGGGACUGUCACGGACUUCCGAUCGAGCUCAAGGCUGUCAGCACCGAAGAGGGUAAGACCAUGACACCCACUGCCAUCCGCCAGGCAGCCCGUGGUCUGGCCUCCAAGACGGUGUUGGAGCAGAUGGACAGCUUCCGGACAUACGCCGUCAUGAGUGACUGGGAGAACCGUUGGACAACCAUGGAUAGGACCUUCGAGAUCAACCAGCUGCGUCUUUUCCAGAAAAUGGUCAGCCGUGGCCUGAUCUACCGCAAGUUCAAGCCCGUGUACUGGUCGCCGUCGUCCGGAACCGCCCUGGCCGAAGCCGAGCUAGAGUACAACGAGACGCACAUCUCCAAAUCCGCAUACGUCAGGUUUCCCAUCACCAAGGAUUCCUCUACCGUUCCUGGCUUGGAAGGCUUUGCCGGGAACCUGUAUGCCGUUAUCUGGACGACAACUCCCUGGACCCUCCCCGCCAACAGAGCCAUUGCCGUACACGAUGAUCUGCUAUACCAUGUUGUCCGUGUGGGAGACGAUGCCUACGUUGUUGCUGAGGGUGGUUUUGAGCGCGUUGCCAAGGUCUUGCUGGGAGAGGAGGAGACUCCCGAGAUUCUGGCUACUGUUCCUGGCUGCCAGCUCACCCAGUUGCAGUACAUUAACCCUCUUCUGGGCAAGUCUGCUGUCCCUCAGCCCUUCAUCCAUGGCCCCUUCGUCACACCGGAUUCGGGAAGCGGUCUCGUCCACUGCGCCCCAGGCCACGGUUUCGAUGACUACCUGAUCUGCAAAGAUCUGGGAAUCCCCGUUUCCGCGCCUGUUGAUAACUACGGCAUCUUCACCGAGGAGGCCUAUCCCGAUGACCCAAGCCGACUCGAGGGCGUUUCUGUGCUUGAGGGCGGUUCUGCUGCCGUGCUCGAGCUAUUCAAGGACAAUGUCCUGAACGUGCACAAGUACAAGCACAAGUAUCCUUACGACUGGCGGACCAAGAAGCCCAUCAUCAUCAGGGCCACCGCGCAGUGGUUUGCUGAUGUGGACAGCAUCAAGGAGCUGGCGUUAAAGGCCUUGGAGGAGGUCAAGUUCGUUCCUGAAAGCGGAAGAAUGAUGACCGAGGAGACCAUCGAGCACAUCAUCUCCGUUAUUCAGGAGAGAGGCAUUGAUGCUUGGUGGUCUGAUGAUGCUCAUGAUCCUGCCUGGAUUCCCGCCUCUCUUCAGGACAAGGGUCCGUUCACCCGAGGUAGAGAUACCAUGGACGUCUGGUUCGACAGUGGUAGCAGCUGGACCCAGACCGACAGGCAAGCGGAUAUCUAUCUUGAGGGUUCUGACCAGCAUCGCGGUUGGUUUCAGUCGAGUUUGCUCACUCGAGUAGCAGCCAUGGCGGUUCAAAGCCCGACACCCGAUGGUACAACCAGUGCGGUUGGCCUGUCGCCCUUCAAGACACUCAUCACUCAUGGCUUCACGCUGGAUAAGGCCGGCAAGAAGAUGUCAAAGUCACUGGGCAAUAUUAUCUCGGCUGACCAAGUCAUGGAUGGUUCAUUGCUUCCUCCGCUGAAGGUCAAAAACAAGAACAGGGAUCCGAACGUCCCUCCACCAAGGGAUGCUCUCGGCCCUGACGCCUUGCGCUUGUGGGUAGCGAGCAGUGACUACACCAGUGACAUUGUCCUUGGCGAGCCGGUGCUGAAGACUAUCCAUCAGUCCUUAACCAAGUAUCGCACCAUCAUCAAGAUGCUGACGGGCUCGAUGGAACAAUCAGCCAGAACUUCUCCACUGACUGCUUUGGACCACAUUGCUCUCGUCCAACUAAAGGAUACCAUGGCGGAGGUUGAGAAGCACUACAGGAACUACGAAUUCAACAAGGCCUUUAGCAGUCUCAACAGAUGGAUCGCCAAUGACCUGUCUGCCUUUUAUCUUGAAGCUCUGAAGGACAGGUUGUACUGCGCCGACGGCGGCGGUGUUCUGGAACCCAUCUUCAUGGGCUUCCUGAGAAUGCUGGCUCCUAUCACCCCCGUCUUGGUUGAAGAGGCCUGGGAGCAUCGUCCUAUGUGGAUGAAGGAAGAUUCAUCUGUUCUUCACCCUCUUCAUCAGCUGUAUAACUCGCCUCUCAUUGAUGCCCGCCGUCUGAGCUACGAUGAAGCCGUGCUUCGCAAGGACAUUCCCGUCUUGAUGGAAACGCAUGCUGCCAUCAAGGCCGCGUCUGAGCUGGCACGUAGGGCCAAGGUCCUUGGCUCGUCCCUCGCUUGCUUCGUCGUGAUCAAUGCUCCCAAGGACAGCAGGGCACUCUCUGUCUUGCAGAAGUACAAGGAUGAGCUAGAUGCCAUGUUUGUCGUGUCAUCUGUAGACCUUGGCGGUGUAGUGGAGGGAGAGCCGACAUGGAAGUAUGUCCAUGACUUCGAGAUGGGUAGUCAGGGUUGCCAGGUGUGGGUGUUGCCCCCCAAGGAUCACAAGUGCCCCAGGUGCUGGCGAUUUGUUGCUCCUGCUGAGGACUCCUUGUGCGUCAGGUGCGAGGAUGUCGUUGGCGACGGUGUACAAUAA